AUGGCUGUGCAAUCAGACUCUGGAGGGAAGGACGACGUGAAGACCCAGUUCGUGACACGAGAAGGCACUUAUCGCUUGAUGACCCUAUCGGAGUAUUCCAGGCCUAAUCGUGUUGGUUAUACGAGUGGCUCCGGGUCUUCCCAUGUGCGCGUGUCUCUGGUCAGCCUUCCGCCGGGUCCUGGAGGCGGAGCGCCUGGCUCUGAUGGACAGGGAUCCGACGAUAGGAUAUGCUUCAACCAUGGCAAAGAACUUUAUGUUUAUGUCUAUAGAGGCGUCAAAAAGGGCAUGUCACUAUAUUACACACUUCCUCGGCAGGCGGCAGAUCUCACAAAGCCAGUUGACAAGAAGAUGUACAAAGGAACAAACCCAACUUGCCACGACUUUAACACCGUCACGAUGACACCGGACAGUGUGUCCUUAGUUAUAGGAUUUUCUACCGGCCAAAUACAACUCAUAGACCCUAUUAAGAAAGAAUUAAGUAAAUUGUACAAUGAAGAGAGACUGAUUGACAAAACGAGAGUGACAUGCAUAAAGUGGGUGCCUGGCUCGAGCAACCUGUUCAUAACGGCGCACGCGUCCGGCCAGCUGUACGUGUACAACGAGGAGCUGACGUGCGGGACCACGGCGCCGCACUACCAACUGUUCAAGCAAGGCGACGGCUACUCCAUCCACACCUGCCGCACCAAGUCCACUCGCAACCCGCUCUACAGGUGGCUCAUAGGAGCCGAGGGCAGCUGUAUUAACGAAUUCGCGUUUUCUCCAUGUGGAACCAAUCUAGCAGUGGUCUCACAAGAUGGCUUCCUUCGAGUUUUCCAUUACGACACAAUGGAACUCAUCGGAAGAGCCAGAUCAUAUUUUGGCGGCUUUCUAUGUGUCUGCUGGUCUCCAGACGGCAAGUACGUCGUAGUCGGCGGAGAGGAUGAUCUGGUCACCGUGUGGUCGUUCAGCGAGAGGAGAGUGGUGGCCCGCGGUCAGGGGCACAGGUCGUGGGUGUCUGUCGUCGCUUUCGACCCCUACGUCGUCAGCUUCAGCGAACCGGAGAGCGAGGAGGGAGUCGAAGAUGAUAGACAGAAAAGUGAAAGUGUGCAGUGUUAUAGGUUAGGCAGUGUAUCUCAGGACACACAGUUGUGCUUGUGGGAUCUCACUGAGGACGUGCUGAAGCCGCCAGUCAGGGCGCGAGCCUCCGCGCAUCUCUCACCCAAUAGUCAAACAUUCUCCCCGAAUGGAGUCCCUGGCAUGAAAGCACCCGCACCGAAAGGGGCUAAAACUAAUAAGAUAGGACACAAACACGCCGAGCUUAGCGGGUCCAACGCGGCGGGCGAGCCGUCCGGUACUAAGCAAACGAAGGCGAAAGUAAAUAACGUGUCGACCCUCAACAUUAGUGUCGGGAAAGCGAAAGAGGAAACUUCGGGGUCGCUCGGAGUUAACUCGCUGACGCAGCGGUUGGCCGGGUUCUCUUUCGGCGAGCGUCGAUCGGAACAUCGCAGGAAUUUUAGUCUAACGUCGAAGCCGGCGGAGCAGAAGUCCUCAGCGUCGAAUAGCGUCGCGCUGCGAGGCAAGUCUGCGGGCGCGUCGACGAACGAGUCGUACGAUCCGCUGAAGCUGAUCGGCACGGCGUCGUGUCCGCGGUUCGACGAGUGCCCGGUGCUGGAGCCGCUGGUGUGCAAGAAGGUGGCGCACGAGCGGCUGACGGCGCUGUUGUUCCGCGCGGAGUACUUGCUCACCGCCUGCGCCGACGGCUGCGUCAACACGUGGGCGCGGCCGGCGCGCGCGCUCAACGGGGACGCGCGGCCCGCGCGCCGCCUCGACCGCAUCGACCUCGUCGACUAG